AUGGCCACCACUAUCACUGUUAAAUUGUAUCUCAAUCAUACAUUCUCAGAUAUCCUUCAACUCUUUUCUAAAUCAUAUGGCAUUUCAACCAUCAGUACAUUUUGCAGGACGAAUGUCACUGUCGAUGGAAGGAUUGUAAUCGAAGCUGAUCGUUUCUACAAUUGUUCAUGUAUUACAAAUCCAGACACAUGCUCUACUAAUGCUGCCUUUUACAACUACACUAUAUCAAACAAUUCGUUAAAGCUAUUGCAUGAAAUCAUGGGAAUUCGAUUGACGUUUUCACCAUCUCGAUCAACAUUACUGUCAAAUUUAGCUUGUUGGUAUUCAGAAGAACGUUACGAUCAGGUAAUAGAAGUUCGUUGGCCAACUGAAACAAUAGUUCAGCAACUCUUUGAUGAUUAUAGCACAUCCCUUCGAUGUCCGUGUACGGAAGAUCCGUUCCAACUAGAAUCGUUUGUCAAUUUGAGUGUUCGAUUGCAUGAAAUCUAUUCGAAUCCAUUCAUUGAAGGUACCUGGAUUACGAGUAUAUUUGACGAUGGUAAUUGGUCAGAUGUGCCAGAAAAUCAAUUUCGUAUUCGUGGAGUCCUGCAAACCGGCCGGGUACCCGGAACCGAACCGAACCGGGAUCUGGGUUCGGGUAAAAUCUGUCGGGUCGGAUCGGGUUCCGGGUAUAAUUAA